GUAUCUUCGCAAAUGUUUGAUAAACAACGAAUCAUUCAGGAAGUAUCUGCUCCCUGGUAAACAACAUUCCUUCGUUAACGACGGUUGACUGAUGUCCGAAUUAAACGAAAGUAGAAUUCGUUCGGAGGGAGUGGUCGAAAAAUGUGUACGCCUUUUGGAUCUAUCGUUUCACGAUCGAACGUUUCGAUCGAAUUUAAUAUCGUUCGGAAACGAUUCGGAACGUGUACUCGCGGGUCCAGGAUGUCCGCAGCGAGACGGAACGCGGAACGGUACCACGUAUCGACGGUACAAUAAAUAUUUUGCCAAACUCCGGUGUUUCGUAACGCGGGGGACGCAGGAACUCGUAUAUAACUGGCGCAAUCUUAAAGAUGGUUCAAUUAGGUUGACGGAAGCUCCUCGAGAAACUUGGGCAAAAUGAUUUUUACGACGAAGUAUCUACCUGUACUAAUAGUAGCGUUCUCGGUGUUUAUUGGCGCUUCGGCGACCGAAGAAGUCGCGGUUGAAACAACGAAUCCAUCGAACGUCAAAUGGACGGGUGGAUCGUUCGAGUGGCCAUGCAGCGCCACGAAGAACAUGUUCAAGAGCAGCGGACGGUACAUCGCGAAGAACGUGAUCGCCACCAGGGCUGCAAUUUACAAUGACGACGCCAUCGUGGCUCUUCCCAGAUACAGGCCAGGAGUACCGGCAACCUUAGCCAAGGUGUCUCUGAUCGACAAAGGCUGCCAGGCAGGUCUGCUUCCGUUCCCUUGCUGGUCUGUGCAGGAAGAGGGGACCUGCAGCGCUCUCCAAAACGUAGUGGACCUCUACUUGGACCCUCAGAACAUCCUCUGGGUCCUCGACACUGGAGUGGUGAACACUUUGGAGGAACCUGAACGCAAAUGCCCGCCGAAAGUACUUGCUUUCAACGUCCACACGGGAAAGCUGGUGAAGACAGUGGACCUGUCAGGCUUGACGAGCCCGACGUCGCGUCUGCAAUACCUGGUGUCGGACUACAGUCGAGACGGGAGGGUGUUCGUCUACGUGUCAGACGCUGCCACGCGAGCGAUCCUCGUCUACGACGUGACCUCUGGCCGCGGCUACCGUGUCGUGUUGCCCCAGGCGAUCACCGUCGGUUGUACUCGAAGAGACGUUUUGUACCUCGCCCUGCUCCGUCGUUCGGACGGAAGUACCUGUCUGGUGUUCACCUACCUGAGCGGCAGCCGCAUGUUCUCGAUCAGAACCGUGCAUUUGAGGAACGGCUCGGCGAACGGGAAGGUUCACGAUCUCGGCGUGAAACCGAGGAAGAUGAUCCUGUUGGGUACCGACAACGGCAGCGCCUUGUUCUUCCGGUACGAAGGCGAAGCGGACAUCUACAGAUGGGACGCGGCCACGGCCUUCGACUCGAGAAAUUUCCAAAUGGUCUACACCAGCCCGGAGUGCACCCUCGCUACGCACGUGGUCGCCGAUUACAGGAGGGGCAGGAUGAGGGUGCUCGAGUCCAAUUUCCCCGAUUUCAUGCACGGGACCGUUGGAUGCGGCGCCAAUCAAGCCCUCAGUAUUAUGUAGCGCGAUCGAAACAGCGAUCAAACGAUUCUUUAAUACAGAACUUUAAAUAAUUCGUCUUCUCUUGCG